AUGGCAUCUACAAUUCAUAAGCUUAUUGUUAUUAUAGGUUUUGUAUCAUUAUUUCAUUCUGCUUUUUCAGCUGCGCAACACCGUUCUUACUUGAGGAUUACUUCUCAGGAAUUUACAACUUUACCCUUAGAUAUAGUAGUUCAGGCAGUGGUCAGCUUAUUUGCUGUAAUGUGGGGUGUACUAAAUGUCGCUGGUAACCUCCGCGAGAUUCCAGCUGCAGCAGAACUUAAUAAUGUACGAUGGGAAACACAGAAGAAUAUACCUUCAUUUUAUAUGUUCAACCACAGAGGAAAAGCUCUAGCAUAUAAUUAUAUACCCAGUGCCAGUAAAAGUGAUUUAGAUAAUAUAGAAUAG